AAUGAGAAAAACACGAACGUUCCCCCGUACCGGUUGAGCCCAAGGGAGAAAUUCUGGUACAGCCAUGGAGGUAGAAGUUGAUGAGAAGGAGCUAAAAGAAGCCGGUGCCGAGCUGUUGACCGGCCGUCGGCGUGGACUGCGCAUCCAUGGCUGGGAGAUCGAGUCUCGUAAAUGCUCCAUUCUGAAUUCAUCCUCCCUCCAGGAGUGGGAAGAAAGGCUUCAGACAUCUCACUUGCCGGAGAUGGUUUUUGGAGAGAGUUCCUUAACUCUUAAGCACAUAAAUAGCGGGAUUAAGAUUCAUUUUAAUGCAUUUGAUGCUCUAGCUGGCUGGAAGCAAGAAGGUUUACCGCCUGUGGAAGUUCCUGCGGCGGAGAAAUGGAAAUUCAGAAGCAAACCCUCUCAGCAAGUGAUACUAGAUUAUGACUAUACAUUCACAACGCCAUAUCGUGGAAGUGAAAUGAUUGAAAUAGAUAAAGAGAAGGAUGGAAGUAGCGAAAUCUCAGAGGGGAGCUCCAAGCUCCAUUGGGAAGAUUGCAGGGAACAAAUUAAUGUGGCUGCACUUGCGUUAAAAGAGCCUAUUCUUUUCUAUGAUGAGGUAAUUUUGUAUGAAGAUGAACUGGCUGAUAAUGGAGUGUCACUUCUAAGUGUGAAAGUGAGAGUAAUGCCCAGCUGCUGGUUUCUUCUCUUACGAUUUUGGCUUAGGGUUGAUGGAGUACUAAUGAGAUUAAGAGAUACGCGUGUGCAUUGCGCUUUUGAUAAGAGCAAGGAUCCUAUUAUUCUUCAAGAAUGCUGCUGGAGGGAAGCCACUUUUCAAGCUUUAUCUGCAAAAGGGUAUCCUGUUGAUUCUGUUGCAUAUGGUGAUCCAAGCAUCAUUAGCCAGAGGCUCCCUGUUAUCAUGCACAAGGUCCAGAAGCUUAAAGUCCCUGGUAACUUGAGGCUAUAAAUUGGGUCUAUAUGGAGGAAUUCAACAGAGUUCUAUGGUGUGAUUGCAGCAAUGUUUUAGUUUAAUUAUGUGGGUGAUUACUUAUUUUCACAACAAUGGUGAUGUUCCAUUAUAUUGUGUUUGAUCAAGUACCACUUUCCUAGAUAUGAUUUGUUGGGCAUAAUCAAGAACAAGCAUAUACUCCUUUUAGUUUAAA